AUGUCGCUGCUGAUCGACGUGUACCUUAUAAGUGGCAAGCGUGCCACACUGCAAACCGACACAGAAGAGCCCCUUGAUGUAUUCCAGCAACGUGCACAGAGCGCGCUUUCAGUUGGCUUGAAAGGAAGGCUGUUGAAUUCCGCUGGUGACGUCUUGGAUGUGGCAGCAACCGUUGGGCAAGCAGGGCUUCAGAGUGGGGAUGCGCUGACCUUGAUGGCCAGGCCGGUUGCAACUCUGGCAAAUCGCAAUGGCAUGUCCUUUGAGUCCGCCUUUGCUGCUAUCCUGGGAGAUGGAUCCGUGGUGACCUGGGGUGACUAUAGGACUGGAGGAAAUACCACCCCCAUAGUAGAUCAGCUGACACAUGUGCAGCAUAUCCAAGCUUCUACCUUUGCUUUUGCAGCAGUGCGGAAAGAUGGAUCUGUAGUGUCCUGGGGAAGUGCUUCUGGUCGGGGCGACCGGAUUGCCGUUCCAGGUCAGCUUCAGAACGUGAAGCACAUCCAAGUUUCUGGUGAUGCUUUUGCAGCAAUCCGGGAGGAUGGGUCUGUGGUGACCUGGGGCCAUGCCGGCCAUGGCGGUGACAGCGGUGCCGUGCAGGAGCUGCUUCAGGACGUGCAAGAGAUCCAAGCAUCUAGUGGUGCUUUUGCAGCGAUUCGGGAGGAUGGGUCAGUUGUGACCUGGGGCCAUGCUGACUUUGGCGGCGACAGCAGUGGCGUUCAAGAUCGGCUGAAGUACGUGAAAGAGAUCCAAGCCUCUAGUGCUGCUUUCGCAGCAAUUCGGGAGGAUGGAUCUGUGGUGACCUGGGGCCGUGCUGACUUUGGCGGUGACAGCAGUGCCGUGCAAGACCAGCUGAAGAGCGUGCGACAGAUCCAAGCUACUAGCGGCUCUGGGGAUUCAUCUUUUGCUGCAAUCCGAGCAGAUAGGUCGGUUGUGACCUGGGGAAGUGCUCUCCAUGGUGGCGACAGCAGUGACGUGCAAGAUCAACUCAAUAAUGUACAUCAGAUCUCAUCCUCCAUCCAGGCUUUUGCCGCACUCCUGGGCGAUGGAUCUGUUGUGGCUUGGGGUAAUGCUGACUGUGGCGGAGACAUCAGCGCCGUACACGAUGAGCUGAAGAAGGUGACACAAAUCCAAGGAUCUGCAUAUGCCUUUGCUGCCAUACGAGAGGAAGGGUCUGUUGUGACCUGGGGCCAUGCUGACUUUGGCGGCGACAGCACUGGAGUUCAAGAUCGGCUGAAGAACGUGCAGCAGAUCCAGGCCACUACAGGUGCGUUUGCUGCCAUUCGGGAGGAUGGGUCUGUGGUGACCUGGGGCCAUACUUGCUAUGGUGGCGACAGCUGCGCCGUGCAACAUCAGCUGAAGAACGUGCGACAGAUCCAAGCUUCUAACGGUGCAUUCGCAGCAAUCCGGAAAGAUGGAACUGUGGUGACAUGGGGUAGGGCCUGCCACGGUGGC